CAGACAUCAGCGAAGAUGUUUGUCCUGAGAGGCAGAAUGCAGUGCCCUCUCACAUUAAAGAAGAAGAGGAGAGCAGAGAGAUCUCCCACUUUAAAGAGGAAGAAGAGGAGCAAGCCCUUUACAUUAAAAAAGAGGAGGAGCUAGAGCACCCUUGCAUGGAAGAUGGUGAUGGCACAUCAUCAAACAUGGUUGAUGAUGAUGAUGAUAAUAAUGAUGAUUAUGAUAAGGAGGAUGAGGAUGAAGAGUGUGAUGGCGAUCUGACAUGUCACACGAACAACAAACCCUGGAAUUGUUCUCAUUGUGGCAAAAUGUUGACUCAUACGAGUGCUUUGAAAUUACACGUGAGAACUUACACUAGUGAGAAACCGUUUACCUGUUCAGACUGUGGACGGAAAUUCUCUCAAAAAGGAAACCGAAUAAGACACUCAAGAACCCACCCUGGUGAGAAACCGUUCACCUGUUCAGACCGUGGCCGUAAAUUCUCUCAGAAGGAAACCUUAAUGAGUCACACAAGAACCCACACUGGUGAGAAACAUUUUGCCUGUUCAGAUUGUGGCCAAAGAUUCUCUCUGAACCAUCAUUUAAAAUUAUACUCAAGAACCCACACUGGUGAGAAACACUUUGCCUGCUCAAUAUGUGACAAAAGAUUCAUACAGAAGGGAAGCUUAACAAUUCACACAAGAACGCACACUCAUGAGAAACCCUUUGUCUGCUCAGUUUGUGGCCACAGAUUCUCUCGGAAGGGAGACUUAGUACAACACACCAGAACCCACACUGGUGAAAAACCUUUUGCCUGCUUAGUGUGUGGACAAAGAUUCUCUCAGAAGGGACAGCUAACUACCCAUAGAAGAACCCACACUGGUGAGAAACCCUUUGCCUGCUCAGUUUGUGGUAAAAAAUUUUCUGAGAGUGGAAACUUAAAAACACACACCAGAACACACACUGGUGAGAAACCUUUUUCCUGCUCAGUGUGUGGAGAAAGAUUCUCUCAGAAGGGACAUUUAACUACUCAUAGAAGAACCCACACUGGUGAGAAACCUUUUGUCUGUUCAGAUUGUGGCCAAAGAUUCUUUGAAAAGGCAUACUUAAAAUUACACGCAAGAACACACACUGGUGAAAAACCUUUUGCCUGCUCAGUGUGUGGACAAACAUUCUCUCAAAAGGCGUACUUAAAAUUACACACAAGAACGCACACUGGUGAAAAACCUUUUGCCUGCUCAGUGUGUGGACAAAGAUUCUCUCAGAAGGGACAGCUAACGACUCAUACAAGAACCCACACUGGUGAAAAGCCCUUUGCCUGCUCAGUUUGUGGUAAAAGAUUCAUGUGGAAAUAUCAGAUUAAGAAUCACAAGUGUGUUGAUGAGAUGAAAAGUGAUCAAUGA